UGAUCGAAGGGAGCGCGAGAGGGGCGCGCCAUGUUCGCCCCUCGCUGGGGCUGGGGACUCGGCUGCCUCCGGCAGCUCAGAGUGUGGGACGGCGAGGCCACCGGACGUUGGGCGUGUCGGGCUUGUCAGGCCCGGCUUUCCGGCUUAGGUGGGGGCGAGCGCGGGCCCGGGUCCGAGCCUGGCCCCGCGCACCGGACUCUGAAGGCGUGGGAGCUGCUGGUGAGCCCGUUCGGUCGGCUGCGGGCGCGGCUCCCGUGCCACCUGGCGGUGAGGCCCCUGGACCCCCUUACAUACCCCGACGCCGACCGCGUGCUGGUCGCGGUGAGCGGAGUGGAGGGCGGGGCUCAGGACCUGGCGGACCUGCAGGUGAAGUACGACGAGGCGCGGAAGGAGGUGGCCAUUGUGUCUGACACCAUUGACCCCCAGGCGUCCGUGGAGGUGAUCGCGCCUCUGAAGUUUGACUUGAAUAUCAAAUCAUCAGGGUCUGGCUGUAUAAAAGUCCAAAAUAUUGAAUGUGAUUAUUGCAAUAUUGAAACUGAGCAGGGGACUAGCAUCUUACAGUCUAUUAAGAGUCAAAAAUUACAUGUUCAAGCAAAAGGAGGCAAAGUGAUCUGUCUGGGAACAGUUUAUGGAAAUAUAGAUAUUUGUGCAUCAGAUAAAAGUACUGUGACUGUAGACAAACUGCAAGGAAGUGCUGUUAAUAUAUCUACUGAAGAUGGUUUGCUGAAAGCCAAGUAUCUUUAUACAGAAUCGUCAUUUCUAUCUUCUGCUGCUGGGGAUAUUACAUUAGGAAGUGUUCAUGGUAAUAUAACAUUAGAAAACAAGAUGGGUAACAUCACAGUAGAUUCAUCCUCUGGAUAUCUAAAAGCCUCAACUCAUCAGGGUGCCUUAGAUGUUUAUGUCAGCCAGCUGGGGAAAGUGGAAUUGAAAUCCCAUAAAGGCUCUAUUCUUGUAAAGGUCCCAUCUUCUCUUCAAGCUCAUUUACAGUUAUCAGGGAAAGAGAUUGACAUGAACUCAGAAGUCCAUGUUCAAGAAAUGGCUGAAGCUCAGAAAGAUGAUGGCGUAAUAAUUACUGGGCUCAUGAAUCAAGCAAACAAACAUGAAAAAUGGAUUAAGGCUGAUGCCCCAAAAGGCACUGUAAGUUUUAGAAUUCAAAGCUGGUUUCAGUCCCUGAAACUGCAGGACUAAGAAUGGUUUGAGUUGUAUGUAUAAUUUUUAGCAAUGAUUAGUAGAUCCAUAACUAUAAAAAUGCAAAUGUCACUGUUCAUAUAAAUGUUGAAAACACAAAUUGGAAUGAGUACUGGUGAAUUGUCUUUCGGGGGGGGCGGUUCAAAAUUUCUACUUAACUAUUGUAUUAGUUUUCUAUUGCUCUGUAACAAAUUACCACAAACUAUCCAUUUAAAAUAACACCCAUUUAUCAGCUCACAGUUCUGUAGGUCAAGAGCCCAGCAUGGCUAGAUUCUCUGCUCUGGGUAUCCAUCCGCAAGGCUAGACUGAAGGUGUUGGCUGAACUGAGUUCUCAUCUGGAUGCUCUAGGGAAAAAUCUACUUCCAAGUCCAUUCAUAUUGUUGGCAAAAUCCAGUUCCUUGUGACUGUAUGACUGAGAUUUUCUUGCUGUCAGUCGACGAUCACUCUAAGCUUCCAGAUGCCACCCGCAUCCCUUCUCGUGUGGCCCUCUCCAUCUUCAAGCCAGCAAUAAUGCAUUCAGUCCUUCUCAUGCUUUGAAUAUCUGAUUUCUUCUGCAACCAGCUGGAGAAAAUCUAUUAAUGGGCUCACUUGAUUGGUCAGGGCUACCCAGGAUGACCUUUGUUUUGCCAUAUAAUGUAGUAUAAUUAUGGGAGUGAUAUCUCAUGUUCAGUUUCCAUUCACACUCAAGAGGAGGAGAUUUUAUAUAUAUAUACAUAUAUAUAUAUAUAUAUAUAUAUAUAUAUAUAUAUAUAUAAAUGUAUAUAUAAAGACAUAGGUAAUGGGGGGGCAGCGGUUACCUUAGAAUUUUUUUGCACCAUAGCUCUCAUGUAACCUGUUUUCUACUUAGUACUUAUUGUGACAUCAAUGUAAAUUUAAGCUGUGAAUAAAACACUUUAUUAAUGUGAUGUAAUUGCU